GUGCGUGUUUUCUCCUCAGGUAAACAAAUGGACGCAGCGGCAGUUUGCCCUAAAAACAUGAAAAAUGUGCUCGGACUGCGCGGAUUAAAACGUGUAAAAUGCCCGGACAGAAGAAAAGAUAUAACGUACGGUUUCCUCCGACUCGCAUUAAAAAGAUCAUGCAGAAAAACACGGAGGUGGGGAGGAUGGCGAUGGCUGUUCCUGUGAUCAUCUCACGAGUGUUGGAGAUGUUCCUGAAGACUCUACUGACCAAAACCUGCCUCAUAACUCAGUCCAAGUUCAGCACCGUCGUCUCACUCGCUCAUAUGAAGCAGUGCAUCGAGUCCGAGAAGCUCUUCCACUUCCUCAAGGACUUGGUGGAGAAGGGAACAUCUACUGGAACCCAGACGGACAAUAAGGCCAUGAGUAUAUGGCCCUUGUACAGGAUGACACAUCAUGAUGUUUCUGCCAAAAAAUCAUCUGAAGUUGGAGAAACAGCGCCACGACUGAGUCUGGACUCAGUGGACAAUGACUCCAGCUCCAGUGAGUCGGAGCUCUACAUUUGUUUAUGACUUGACACAUUCGACCGGAGGAAACAGACGCCAGGUUACAGUAAUGUUUCAUCAUGUCAUUGUUUUUGUUUAAUAGUUUCUUUAUUUAAGCCUAAUCAGUGUAAAAAUAUUUAAGUUAUGUGAUAUUUAAGAACAGUUUUCUGCUGAUGUUAAAAACUUUGGUUUGCAGAAGAGCUUGAUAUUGUUUUGUUCGUUUCUGAUUAAUAUAAGUUUACACUGAAAAAAAUCUAUUGUAAUAAGUAUAAACAGCGUUAUACAUGAUUUUCCAGACUUUUAAAUUUAGCUGAUAAGAUUAUUUUUGUUUUAUUUGGAUGUUGAACCUUUAGUUUUUGUGAUUCAAUUAGAAAUAUGAUGUUACACUUUGGUCAAAGUGUUUAUUAUAAAGGUAAGAUAAAUUAUUCCAUAUAUUCCAUUUCUAUAUCUGUCUUUUGCAUAUUUUUAGACACAGUGCAACAUGUUUUAUAAUGUAUUUUGACUAAAGAUGCAUCAUAUUAUUAUUGAGAUGUUGUUUCCCAGAGGGUUUUUCUUUCACUCUUUCUGUUUUCUUACUUUAAAACCAAACUAAGUGCUUCUUUUGCUAAAUUGUGAUUUCUCUUUUAGCUUUUAAAGCACUUGUAAAUAUGUGUUUUAAAGAUGAAACAUGUGAAAUGUAAUCAAAGUGUAAAUAAAUAAGUUCAUUUCUACAUUUAUUUGGGAAUAAAUAAACAAGCAUUUGGAUCUGAAUGCUGGUUACUGUUUCUAACACUGAAAGAUUGACUUUGUAUUUAAAGUUUGAGGAUUUUUUUGUGAUUAUUAGAAACGUGAUGUUAAAGUUUGGUCAAAC